UUCCGCGACGCAGUGGAGGCGAUGUGAAAGCUCAACGGUGAAAGAUUAUACAACAGAGAAUUAAACCACGACUGCAAGGCGCAAUAAUGGCAGCGACCAAAGUCCCAUACUUUAAUUAGACAAUAAUGUGGCAACAGAGAGUGAAGAAGUGGUCAGCGAUCUUAUCCCUGGGAGAGAGAGCAGUAUUUUUUUUGGUCAGCACCUAAAGUGGAUGAUUCUGAGUAUCACCAUCGCCCUCAUUGUAACAUUCUGUUUACUCGUGCUGAGUUCAUUCAGAAACACAGCAGAAGAUAUCGCAAGUUCCAUCGAGACACACGGCAACACAAUCAGCUUGUAGCAUAAAUGUUUCUUCAGAGCAGAGAGAGUUUCUGGGAUCCAUCACAUAUACUGUUUGAGAAAAGGGGUUUUUGCAAAAUCUCAGCACAGUACCAGUGAUCUAUAUCAGGAGGGAUACCAUAUAUAUGUGCCAAAUGUCAAGAGUCUCACAAUGUUGGGGCACCUGAAGAAACAUCAGCAAUCACACACAGGAGAGAGACCAUAUAAAUGUGUUGAAUGUGGAAAGAGUUUCACAACAUCAGGGUACCUCAAGGUACACCAGCGAUCGCACACAGGAGAGAGACCGUAUAAAUGUGCCGAAUGUGGAAAGAGUUUCACAACGUCAGGGGACCUCCAGAGACACCAGCGAUCGCAUACAGGGGAGAGACCUUAUAAAUGUACUGAAUGUGGAAAGAGUUUCACACAGUCAGGGGAGCUCAAAGUUCACCAGCGCUCACACACUGGAGAGAGACCGUAUAAAUGUAUUGAAUGUGGAAAGAGUUUCACACGUUCAGGGCAUCUCCAGAUUCACCACCGAUCGCACACAGGAGAGAGACCAUAUAGAUGUGUCGAAUGUGGAAAAAGUUUCACUACAUCAUGGGAACUCAAGGUUCACCAGCGAUCACACACAGGAGAGAUACCGUAUCAAUGUGCUGAAUGUGGAAAAAGCUUCAAAACGUGCGGGGAGCUCCAGGUUCACCAGCGAUCGCACACAGGAGAGAGACCGUAUAAAUGUGCUGAAUGUGGAAAGAGUUUCACAUCUUCAGGGGUGCUCCAGAGACACCAACGAUCACAUACAGGAGAGAGACCGUACAAAUGUGCCGAUUGUGGAAAGAGAUUCACAACAUCGGGUGUGCUCCAGAGACACCAGCGAUCACACACAGGAGAAAGACCAUAUAAAUGUGCUGAAUGUGGUAAGUGUUUCACAACAUCAGGGUAUCUCCAAGGUCAUCAGCGAUUACACACAGGAGAGAGACCGUAUAAAUGUGCCGAAUGUGGAAAGAGUUUCACAUACUCGGGGAACUUCCAGAGACACCAACGAUCACAUACAGGAGAGAGACCAUAUAAAUGUGCCGAUUGUGGAAUAAGUUUUACACAGUCAGGGCACCUCCACGUUCACCAGCGAUCGCACACAGGAGAGAGACCGUAUAAAUGUGCCGAAUGCGGAAAAAGUUUUACACGCUCAGGGCAUCUCAAGAUUCACGUGCGAUCACACACUGGAGAGAGACCGUAUAAAUGUGUUGAAUGUGGGAAGAGUUUCACAACAUCAGGGGACCUCCAGGUACACCACCGAUCGCACACAGGGGAGCGACCGUACCAAUGUGUCGAAUGCGGAAAGAGUUUCACAACAUCAUGGGAACGCCAAAUUCACCAGCGAUCACACACAGGAGAGAAACCGUACCAAUGUGUCGAAUGUGGUAAGAGUUUCACAACAUCAGGGGAGCUCAAGGUACACCAACGAUCACAUACAGGAGAGAGACCGUACAAAUGUUUUGAAUGUGGAAAGAGUUUCACAUCUUCAGGGGUCUUCCUGAGACACCAGCGAUCACACACAGGAGAGAGACCAUAUAAAUGUGCUGAAUGUGGAAAAAGCUUUACAACUUCGGGGUAUCUCCACGUUCACCAGAGAUCACACACAGGAGAAAAACCGUAUAAAUGUGCUGAAUGUGGAAAGAGUUUCACCACGUCAGGUUAUCUCCACGUUCACCAGCGAUCGCACACGGGAGAGAGACCGUAUCAAUGUGCUGAAUGUGGAAAGAGUUUUAGAUAUUCGGGGAACCUCCAGAGACACCAGCGAACUCACACAGGAGAGAGACCAUAUAAAGGUUCCCAAUGUGGGAAAGCUUUCCAUGAGCUGGUACUGUUCAAACCCCACCUGAGAAGGUGCUUCGAGAAGUGAAGCAAACAAUAGUAAUAUUUUGUUAUCUAAGUACAGCUAUCUGCUUGAUCCAACACCAGUGACUCACAAUUAAGACACCAGUGCGACAGUUUGUCCCCUUGUCUCCUGUGCUGGGGUACCACCAUCUCCUGCAGUACCUCACUCGCACAUGGCUGUUGUGCAUAUGUGAGGCUUUCCCUAGGAUGUGUGUCUGCUGGAGAGUAUAGCAGAAUUGCACAGUGAGAAAUGAGAGUCUGUGAAGAAGAUAAUUUUACACUUCCAUAAUUUUCUCCUGGUGUCAGGGCCAGAUUAAGGGAUCUGGGGGCCCUAAGCAAAACGUGAGCCCCUUUGAACAAUGCCCUCAAAUACCUUUUUGAAAUAUUUUCCAGUGUAACUUCAUAGUUGCAAACAUGUCAACCACAUGAUCAAAACUUAGUGUAGGUGUCAAAUUGUGCUCAAUAGACAUAAUUGUGAGUGCAUUCAAUCUAUUCUGGAUUAUUGUAGAUCUGAGCGCGUUAUUGAUGACUCACCUUUGUGAUUGAGCAUUCACUUUCACAAACCCUUACUGAUUUUGUUAAUAUAUAACAUAUACAGGUAUAAAUAUAGAUAGCACAGAAGAAACAAUGAGAUGCGGAUUCACCGAAGCCUCACAGUGAACUGUGUGCUGCUCAAAGGAUAGGUAAUUGAUGUAACUGAUUUAUAAGUCACUGGUUAGGCUUUAGCUAGAGUACUGUGUUCAGUUUUGGG